AUGACUGUGUCCCAACAGGGGGUACGCAGCUCACCAUGUGGGAAUUUGAAACAAGCAGCUUUCUCUCACUCUCACUCUCACUCUCGCUAUCACCUCUCUCAAGAGUGGCCAAGUCCAAAACCACACAGCCCGGCCCGGAACUGGCAAAAGCAGUAUGCUGAAGCUGCUACCCAAGAGGCUGCCACAGGAACAAAUGCACCUGUUCCUAAUGCCACUAGCAGGUGGGGUUAUAAGACCGUUGAACCUGGCAAGACUAUCUGGACUCUUCCAAACAGCAUUUGUUUUCGACUCUAUUUACUUUACUUUCACCACAUUGAAUCAUAGUGCAAGCUUACCAUUUUACUUGGAGUUU